AAAGAGUCUCAUCCAACUUUCUGCUAAGACAUCAAAACUUUCCGAAUUAUAAAAGAUGGCGAUGGUCACGGGUCUCAUCCCCAUCCUCCGCACCGCUCUGGAAGCUACCACCGAUUACUCCGGGAGGACCAUGUGGUUCGGAUUCGCCGUGGUACGCCUUCUCACCCUCUACGUAUCCGAGCUUCCUUGGGGUAAGCUGGACCUGGACUUCGAUUGCCGCGGUAACGGCACCUCGGAGUUCUGCCGUAAAGCGUGUUUCAGCGAACACUUCAACGUGCCGGUGGUCUCCCUGUGGAAUAGCGCCUACGUCUUCUUCGUGAUCUCCGUCCUCCUCAUGGAGCUCUUCACCUCUCAGCUCCGCCAUAACCUGACCAAGGAGAUGAUGAGGAAGAAGAAGACGGCGCAGGGGGAGGGGCCUCUGGUGGGGGCGUGGACUUCAGAGUUGGCCCACAAGGAUCUGGUGCUGGACUUCCACCACCAGAGGACGCUGUUGCUCCUCUACCUGCUGUGCAUCCUCCUGCGCCUCAUCGGGGAGGUCACCUUCCUCUACAUCCUGGUUUGGUGGCAUCUUCCUUUGGUUUCCGGUGACCCCAUUGAAUGUUCCACCAUGUUCUGCCCCGGUCCCUUCACCUGUCUGGUGCGGUUCAGUGCAGAGAAGCGCAUGUCCCUCUAUCUCCUCGUCUCGCUGUCCACCAUCUUGGUUCUGGCCUGUGUCCUCUUUGGUCUCUACAGCAUCUGCCAUUACUUGGCCAAUUGUCGGGCUCGCCAUGAGCAGGGUGUGUGA